AUACAGAGCUGAAUGUACUCGGACAGUGCUAAAUCAAUUUAGCUUACUUGCUAUGCUGGCAGUAGUUCAAAGUUUGCUGAUGCCGGAAGACAUUGGUAGCUUGGUAGCUUACCUGAUAGUUAGCUCAUUUGAAAGUUUACAAACUAGCUACUUAAGAGACUCUGGAAGUAUGUUAACUGAUUAUCGAUUUACGAGACCAGCUAGCUAGCUAUCAAAUGACUUUAUUUCGUGGAGUUUGUUAACAGAUCCUUAUGAUAAGGGAUAGCUUGCAAGCUAGCUAGCUAGUUGUAGAUUAUUGGUUGUAGCCUAUUCGUAAUUUCUCUCUGGUUAUCUUUUUAGCUAUAAUUUGUAAACCGUAGUGACUGGUAGUGUUGAUGUCGUCACUGUAAAACAUUGCUCACAGGAAUGAUUGCAUGUAAGGCGUGACCUAUUUGGUCCAGUCAUCCCAGUCAUCCCAGGGGGAACAGCAAUGGCCUUCAGCAAAGGAUAUCGCAUUUACCACAAACUGGACCCUCCCCGCUAUAGUGUGAUUGUGGAAUCACGAAGCCAAGAAGAAUGUCUGCUGUUUGAGUCAGGAGCCGUUGCUGUUCUGUCCGCUGCAGAGAAAGGGGCUAUUAAAUCCACAUACUCUAAAAUGCUGGAUGCCUACGGAAUGCUGGGAGUCCUCCAGCUCAACCUUGGGGACGCUACACUCCACAGCAUGGUGCUAGUGACGGGGUGCAUGUCGGUGGGUAAAGUUCAGGAUUCCGAGGUGUUCCGGGUGACCUCCACCGACUUUGUGUCCCUGAGGAACGACCCCUCGGACGAGGACAGGAUCGCGGACGUCCGUAAGGUCCUGAAUUCGGGGAACUUCUACUUCGCCUGGUCAUCCAGCGGCACCAGUCUGGACCUCAGCUUGAAUGCCUAUCGCAGGAUGAAGGAGGACACCACAGAUAACCGCUUCUUCUGGAACCAGUCGAUGCAGCUGCACCUGAAGCACUACGGCGUGGACUGCGACGGCUGGCUGCUGCGGCUGAUGUGCGGCGGCGUGGAGAUCCGCACCGUCUACGCCGGGCACCGGCAGGCCAAGGCCUGCGUCAUCUCGCGCCUCAGCUCCGAGCGGGCCGGCACGCGCUUCAACGUGCGCGGCACCAACGACGACGGCCAGGUCGCCAACUUCGUCGAGACCGAGCAGGUUAUCUUCCUGGAUGACAAGGUGUCGUCUUUCAUUCAAAUCCGCGGGUCCAUACCUUUGUUCUGGGAGCAGCCAGGCAUUCAGGUUGGCUCGCACCGCGUGAAGCUGUCCCGCGGCUUUGAAGCCAACGCUCCGGCUUUUGAAAGGCACUUCAGUGAACUGAGGCGUCUCUAUGGCAACCAGCUGAUCGUCAACCUGCUGGGGAUGAAGGAGGGGGAGCACCUGCUGACCAAAGCCUUCCAGGGCCACCUGAAGGCCUCGGUCCACGCCGCGGCGGUGAGCAUGGUGAACUUCGACUACCACCAGAUGGCGCGCAGCGGGCGGGCGGAGAAGCUGCAGAGCGCGCUCAAGCCGCAGGUGGCCGGCUUCCUGGAGGACUGCGGCGUCUUCUUCUGCUCCCGAGAGGGCGGCGUGCACGGACGCCAGACCGGUACCAUACGCGUCAACUGUCUGGACUGUUUGGACAGAACCAACAGUGUCCAGGCCUUCAUUGCCUUAGAGAUGGUGCCACGGCAGCUCGCUGACCUGGGGCUGAUGGAGAAGUCCCAGCUGCUGGGCCGUUUCCAGGAAACCUUCCGCACCAUGUGGUCCCUGAACGGGGACUCCGUCAGCAAGAUCUACACCGGCACAGGAGUCCUGGAGGGGAGGGCAAAGGGUGGGAAGCUGAAAGAUGGCGCUCGGUCGGUCACCAGAACGAUCCAGAACAACUUCUUCGACAGCUCCAAGCAGGAGGCCAUCGACAUCCUGCGCCUGGGGAGCUCCUUGAACGGCGACCUGGCGGACAAGGCCCGAGCCUUCCUGACCACCAGCAACCUCCAGGCGUCCCCCCGGGUGCUCCUGGGAAUGUGCCAGAACCAUCACAGGUACACCCGGCCCAAGCAGGUGAGGGUGUGCGUGGGCACCUGGAACGUCAACGGGGGCAAGCAGAUCCGCAGCGUGGACUACCGCAGGCACUCGCUGGACCUCUGGCUGCUGGACGCCCCGCGCAAGGCCGGCGUUCCGGGGUUCCAAGGCAGUAAAUCCAGCCCUGUAGACAUCUACGCCAUUGGGUUUGAGGAGAUGGUGGAGCUCAACGCUGGCAACAUAGUGAGCGCCAGCACCACCAAUCAGAAGCUGUGGGCCGCUGAGCUGCACAAGACCCUCUCCAGAGACUACAAAUACGUGCUGCUGACCUCGGAGCAGCUCGUAGGGGUGUGCCUGUUCGUCUUCAUCAGGCCCCAGCACGCGCCCUUCAUCCGAGAUAUUGCCGUGGACACCGUGAAAACUGGCAUGGGCGGAGCCACGGGAAACAAGGGAGGCGUGGCCAUCCGCAUGCUCUUCCACUCCACCAGCAUCUGCUUCGUCUGCUCCCACUUCGCUGCCGGCCAAUCACAGGUCAAGGAGAGGAACGAUGACUACAGCGAGAUCUCCCGCAAGCUCAGCUUCCCCAUGGGCAGGCAGCUGCAGUCUCAUGAUUACAUUUUCUGGUGCGGGGACUUCAACUACCGCAUCAACCUGAGCGGGGAGGAGGUGAAGGAGCUGGUGAAGCAGCAGAACUGGGAGGUGCUGACCGCCAUGGACCAGCUGCUGGAGCAGAAGGAGGCGGGAAGCAUAUUCAAAGGUUAUAUUGAGGGACCGAUAGAUUUCGCGCCCACCUACAAGUACGACUUCAUGUCAGACGUGUACGACACCAGUGAGAAGUGUCGCGUCCCCGCGUGGACUGACCGCGUGCUCUGGAAGAGAACCCAGUGGAACUUCGAGAACUCCGUUGAAGAGGUGAAUCUGGUGAAUACGGCUCAACAUGGCGGGAGUCCUGGGACUCUCCUGUACUACGGCCGAGCGGAAAUCAAGACCUCCGACCACAGGCCGGUGGUGGCCAUCAUGGACGUGGACGUGCUGGAGGUGGACCCCGAGGCCCGGCGGCGGGUGUACGAGGAGGUGAUCGCGGCCCAGGGCCCGCCGGACGGGACCGUGCUGGUGUCGGUCUGCGACUCCCGCGAGGGGGGCGACUUCGACGACGCCCUGGUCGACCACCUGCUCGGCGAGUUCGAGGCGUUCGGGGAGGUCGUCCUCGUCAGGUUUGUGGAGGAGAAGAUGUCGGUGACGUUUCUGGAAGGUUACUCUGCUCUGGACGCCCUGUCGCUGAGUGGCACCACGAUCCAGGGGAAGACCGUCCUGGUCCAGCUGAAGAGCCCGCGCUGGAUGCAGAGCCUGGAGCAGGAGACGAGCGCCGACAGCGUCUGCGGGGAGGUCCCGUCCCCCUGCGGCUCCGCCCUGCUGGCCGAGGACACGCACCUGGGGGUGGAGUACGAGGAGGAGGAUGAUGAGGAUGAUGACGCUGUUGAGGAAGAGGAGUUUCUGCCCUCGACCCUGCAGCCCGGCCUGGGGAGGGGUCCCGGGACGUCCCCCGCUCCCUCGCCCCGGAGCAGUCCCUGCCCCUCCCCCACUCAGGACGACCCGGCCCCCACCACCUGGUACAUCCCAACACCCUACUCCUCCUCAGGACCUCCUCAAGACCGGCCUGUGGACCUCCAUUCCGUCAGCACCACCUGUGCUGAGAAGAUGGAGCCCAAACGACCCCCUCCCCCUCGCCCCAGCGCGCCCCCCGCCCGCCCAGCGCCCCCCCAAAGGCCCCCGCCACCCUCAGGCCGGGGGCAGCCUGCUGCAGGGCCUGGUCCCAAAGCAGCACCCAGAUUGAACCUUCCUCCACUGCUUGGACCCACGAGGCCAUCAGGCCACCCUGGGGCCCCUAGACCUGCCCCUGAGGUUCAUCCAGGGGCUCCUCAAGUCCUCCCAGAACCCCAAACCGCUCCAGCAGGGCCUCCACUGGAGCUGCCCUUGCUUCCUGAGCCUCUGAUGCCUCAACGAGCAUCUCCCCUGCAGCCUCAGCUGGCCAUGCCUCCUGUUAAGCCCGCCCCCGACCCCAUUCCCCCGCCCCCAUCGAGACCCCUCCAAGAUCCUAAACUCACACCCCCACCAAGACCCCUCCAAGAUCCUAUACUCCCGCCCCCUCCAAGACCCCUCCAAGAUCCUAAACUCACACCCCCACCCCGACCCCUCCAGGAUCCUAUACUCCCACCCCCACCCCGACCCCUCCAAGACCCUAUACUCCCGCCCCCGCCCCGACCCCUCCCAGACCCCCUGCUCCCGGCGCCUCUGGUUCCCCUCCUGGCCCAGUCAGCCCCCACCCUGCAGUCGGCGUCUCUUCCGGCUGCCUCCGUCCACACCUCGCUGACCCUGCCCGCACGCAGCCGCCCCUCCUACACCCCGCCCCCCGAGCCCACCACCACCACGUCCCAGACCAAUGGGAUGAUCAGAAGCCAGAGUGAUGCCCAGUUUAGAGGCAACCCCUUGGACACGUUUUCCACUGCCUGGCUCAACACCCAAUCCCUGACCAGAAGCUCAUCGCUAAGGCCCACCCACAGCCCUACGCUGGAGGUCCUCCCCGCCUCCCGGUCCCUAAACUCCACCCCGCCGUCCUCCGUCCCGGGCCUGCCUGGGGCCCCGGAGCCCGGCUGGCCCUACCAGCUGGAGCCCCCCAUGCCCCCCCGCAGCCAUUCCCAGGAGGCCCUGCGCACCUCGCCCAACCCCUUCCUGGCCAGCCAGCCAAUCGGCAUCAACCCUUUCACCAGCCAGCCCACAGUCGCCAGACAACGCUCCCUCACGCCCGACUUCGGCGCACAGCAGCGGGCUGCGCUCCCCGCGCCCCUCCUCCAGCCAACGUUCGGGCAGGGAGCGUCCUCAUUGGCUGCCCCGCUGGCGCCCGCCCCUGCCCCGGCCACGCGAGUCCAGCAGUGGGUGACGUUCGACGACGACUUCCCCGCGCCCGGGAAGACCCUGGCGACCCUGCCCCCGCCCCCGCCUAGCACCGCCCCCAGGGCCAGCCCCACUCCUGCGCAAACACAGACCCUCUUCCCCAGCUCUGGGCUUGACUCCGCCCUCGACUGGGGAGCUCCGCCCACCUCAGCGUUCCCAGGAGCCCUGCCUCCGAUUCCAGCGAGGGCGAACUCGGGAAGCCCUCAGGGACCACUGAGGCCAAGCAACAGCUUUUCCUCCAAGGAGUUCACAGAGAGAUAGUUUUUUUUUUCUAUGUAAAGGUAUAGGAUGUAUCUCUGUAUAAAUACAACCAUAAAAUUGGCACAUAAUCUUGCAUCCAAUCAGGAAUCAGAAUCCAGUUUCCUUGAUGGAUCAGAAAUGGUUGAUCAAGGUUGUAGCAUGGAAUUGACAUAUGCGUUUGUUACGUUGGUUACUGACACUCUAAAGGUCCUUUUUUUUGUUCGUUUCUGUAAACUCCAUAUUUUAUGCGAGAUGUCAUAAGACAAAUUACAUUUCAAAUAGGUUUCUUUUAAUUGACUUGCGUAGCUCUCGUCUAGUAAUUUACUCACCAUUUUUGAUGCAAUUAAUUCACAUAGGAACCACGUCCUUACCUAUAUCUACUGUAAGUCUAUAUAUAUGUUGUUUUUAUUAUUUUAAAAAGAUUUUUGGAACCAAUUCAUAUCCCCCUUCUCACAUUUUGGAAUGACCAGGCAUAUGAAGGCACGUGCCUUUCCUGCAGCAUAUCGGUCUGGAAAAGCGCAGGAGGGCGCUGGUCUCCUCUGAGCCCAGAGCUGCCAGCUUCACUCCACACAGUCCACUAGCUGUGCCUCGAGGUCGCUGGGCCAUUGGGCCAUGCUUCAUGGCCGCAGGUUCUCAGUCCACCACAGGGGGCGCUGUAGCGCAGUCAAACAGGGAUCGCCCCCCUCCCGCCUACUGAAACCCGGUGUCCGUUAAUGACGCUCCAGCCCGAUUACGUGGCGCCCUGCAGGGCCCUGGGCCGCAUCCGACACGGUCGUUAUUCCCCGCACUGAGAACCUGGUCUUUACCCGGGCAAGUCCCCGGGCAGCCCUCCGCACCUUUUAAGUGAUCUAUCUAUGCAUACGCGUUUAUACAACUGUGUGAGAAUUAAGUGCAAUAUGUGUUUGUAUGGCCGUGUGCAGUCGCUCCAUGCUGUGUGUUUAUCCGAAGUGUACUCUGUGCCUAAAUAUCGUCUGCCCUUUCAGCAUCAGUACGCCUGAGCUGUGUUUAACGCAGUCUGUAGAAACGCAGGCUUUGCAACGACUGCAAGCUCCGGCUAGAAUUUGUGACAGAAGCCCAGCGGUUUUUCAUUCUCUGCAAUUGGACAGAGGAUUAAAGGAUUGUCAUUGGCUGGUGAAUGACCAUUAGGGUAUGAAGACGUGUUUAGACGUAUGCAUUUUUGUUUUGUUGUCAUCUUGCAUUCGUCUUUAACCGAUUAACUGUGUCACACAGAGACGUUUGCUCUUGCCGUGCUGACCUGACGUCAUCAAGCCAAAAAAAUCUCAGGGUCCUCACCCCCACCUCCACCCACCCCCUCCCCCAAACUUUUGAAUUAUCACACACAUUUUCAGUCAGCAUUACAUCAUUUACACCUCAAGUAAGAAAGCACUGCAGCAAAAAAAAAAUGCAUUUGUUGCACUUACCCGUGAAACAGGCUAUUUUCCACUCCACAAAUCACAAAGUACUACAAGGGACCUAUCUCCCACUGGAAAACGAGCUUAUUGCUUGUAUAUGACAGCUGGUACACUGUGGGGACCCCGCCAUGUUUUUGGGGAGAACAGGUGAAUCGGCAAACCCAACAAACCCAUGCCUUUCUCUGGCAGGACAAUGCUGCUUACAGAAUCCAUGCCAGGCACUGCCAGGGCCUGGAGCUGUAUUGUCUAGGACCAGGGGGUCCAGCCUGUACUGACAUCACUACAGAGCGCCUUCCCUCUCAGCCAGCUGCGAGCCCUUCAGAAUUCCUAUCAGUCACCUUUCGCCCUAAAACACUAUUUAAGAACACUUUUAACGGCCCUGGUUGCAGCAGGCUCCGCCCAUCCUGUCGGGAGAGGCCCCGCGAGCGCGCGCUCUCCUCAGGAGCGCUAGCCGCUGCUUCUUAUCUCACCGCGGUUCGCUGACCGGGCUCACAGGGGCACGAGCUGCUGGAAGAGACCCUUCAUGUGCAGUUUAACAGGUGGACUCGCCGGCACCCAAUCAACCAGCAGGGGUCGCUGCUGCGCGGUUAGGCGAUGUCAUCCCAGCUGACUCAGUCCCUCUGCCAGCAGGGGUCGCUGCUGCGCGGGUUAGGCGAUAUCAUCCCAGCUGACUCAGUCCCUCUGCCAGCAGGGGUCGCUGCUGCGCGGGUUAGGCGAUGUCAUCCCAGCUGACUCAAUCCCUCUGCCAGCAGGGGUCGCUGCUGCACGGGUUAGGCGAUAUCAUCCCAGCUGACUCAGUCCCUCUGCCAGCAGGGGUCGCUGCUGCGCGGUUAGGCGAUAUCAUCCCAGCUGACUCAGUCCCUCUCAUCCCUGGCUGAUGCUAAAGCCGACUGUGGCAUGGUCAGUCGACAGUGCCACGGUCCAGAUUUGAUACAAGACUGUGGGGCCCGUGAAUGCGUUAGAACAGUGCCUUACCAGGAUGAGCCACUCAGCAAACCCUGCCUUUAGUGCCUGUGUGUGUUGCGUGGGUGGGUGUGUCCUGCAGUUGAUCCACUGAUGUAGAGUUUGAAUGUAACAGAAGCGGGAAGUAACUCAAUACUAACUCAUUGCUAUUCAGGGAUGGAUAUAGUUGUUCAGCACUGUACUUUUUUUUUUUUUUUUUUUUUAAACACUGGAAACAGAUUCCAUUCCAGGUCUCUUGUAACUGCUUUUUUUUCAGAAAUACCUAAAAUGUCAGUUUGGUUAAUAUCAACCUUUCCUUGUUUUCUUUGCUGCAUUACUGUGUUGUGUCUGCAUAGUGACCUGCUGUUAUACGUAACUUUCUCUUGCCGAUUUUUAGAUAGAUGGAGCAGGUUUGAAAGGAUCUCCAGGAAGCCGUAGAGGUGCUGCAGAACAUGCCCUAUAUAUGUAAUAUAAAACAUCAUUUUAUUGCUUUUAUGCCUGUAAAUUUAAACUAUGUACAAAAUAAGAAUAAUGCUGUUUGUGUGCUUUUAUAAAUGUAAUCAUCUUUAAUGGUGUGUGGGUGUGCUGGAAUAAACAACUAUAUCAAGCUCCU